AUGCACGCCAGAAAGAACCACCACCUCUCCAUCAACUCGCCGGGCUCGUCUGCCCUCCCGCCCAGCGGCAUCCUGACCCCGCGCACCCCGCGCUCAGCCCGCGGCGACCCUCUGCGCGAUCCGCUGCUGCUCUCGCGCUCCCCGCCGCCCUCGCCAGGACUGCCGCCCGCGUACCCAAAGAACCCGAAGCGAUCGCUUCCCAGCUACUCGCGCCUGCUCCGCAAGCUUCUUGUCAUCUUUUGCGGCAUCGUCGUCGUGGGAUGGCUCGGCGUGCGUCAUUGGUCGCACUCUCGCACCAUCUUCUACCUGGCCCCGGACGGAUCCGAGUAUGAGAUGGUCGGCGACAGCCUGCUCCCGGACGAGCCGUCGGUUGUCGCCAUGACGGACCAGACGGGCAGAACCAGAUGGACCGUUUCCAUCCCUGCCGACUCGGAAUUCCCGCUUGCUCCAGCCCAGUACAAGGACCUGUGCGACCAGGCCAAGGAAGUGGCCGCUUCGAUCCACGGCAAGGGUGCCCACCACAAGGGCUACUACUACAUCGACCCCACCUACAUUGACGUCCACCACGCCACCGAGCAGGGCCUCUUGCCAGAUCCGAAGGGCACUGCCAAGAUGGUGUCGGCCGUGGGCCUGGAUGACGGUCUAAUGGGACCAGGCAAUACGUACCGAGGCGAAAGAAUGGACAUCUGCGAGACCAGCUUGACCUUUGUCAUGGAGACCUCCGACGCCGGUCUGGGAAAGACUUUGAUGGCCAUGUGGAUGGCGUAUGGACUUGCGCGUUUGGAGGGUAGAGCUUUCUUCGUUGACGAUACGAGAUGGCCCUACGGGAACUACACGAGCUAUUUUCAGCCUCCGCCGACCCCGUCCUGUCUGCCGCCAAUGACGAGCCAGGUUGUUCCCUGCCCCCACCAUGCCAGGCAUUUGAUGGUCUCCGCCGCCACCAUUCGCACCACCUUCGGCCACGCUUUCGUUGAAGAGUACGAGGAUCCCCGCAAGAUGCAGGUUCAGCGCCAGCACAAGAUUUUCGGCAUGCUGCGUGAUGGGUACGAGGCUCUCUUCCGUCUGCACGACGAUGACGCCAACUACGUUCUGGAGCGGACUCGCAGUCUCUACGAGCCUGUCAUCGAAAAGGGCGGCGUCAACAUUGGACUCCACGUGCGUCGCGGCGAUCGCCACCCCUUCGAGUACCAGUAUUCCAAGGACUACAUUCCGUUGGACCGCUUCACGCAAGGCGUGCAAUACCUCAUCGCUGAGCACUAUGGCCCGUCUUUACCAGGAAACACGACCGACGGCGCCAAGGUGGAACGCGACGCUCAUGAUGCCCCGGUCAAGUCCUUGCACACCCCAGCUGCCGCCGCAAGCCAACAGGAGCACCCGGACCUCUUGUCCCUGACUUCAUCCCAAGCUGUCCUGGCAUCCGACGACCCGGACGUCUACAUGGCCCCCGAAAUGGCGGGCGUUGUGCGCGCGCAGGACCGCAUUGUGUUGGCCAGCAAGAAAACACUGGAGGCUUCGGGUGCUCGAAACAAGAACCGGUACAUUGACGAGGUAUCGGGCUGGGAAGGCGGCUUCUUCCGCGAUGUUUUCUGGUCGCUGGGCCGCUCGAACGCCAACAACGCCGGCACCGCCAGCGGCAACAGGAACGAUGAGCCGAACGAAGCGGCGCUUAAGAUGCGCGAGCUCGUCGGCCGCGCGUACCUCCUCGACCUGGCGGUUGUCGCGAAGGCGGAUCAGAUAAUGUGCACGCUCAGCGCUACCGGCUGCAGACUCCUGGCCGUGAUGAUGGGAUGGGAGCACGCCAUCGGGCAAGGCGCAUGGAAGAACGUCGACGGCGAAUUCCAUUGGAGGGGUAUAGACUGGUGA